UUCCGCUGAAGUGCGUGAAUUUCAUACCAAACCCAUACUUCGCAUUCCACCUUUACUGUCAAACCGGGAGAAAUAUUACUGAAAACAAUAGAGCACCAAGAUAAAUAUAACUUUAAAGAAAUAAACCUCGUCCAGUUCUAUCGGUAGAGGUGUUUGCCAAUAAAGAGAAUUGUCAGAGAGAAGCGACAGAAGUGUUUGGAGAGCUCGCCAACCCCUUUUUCUACGUUAUCAGUACUUGCGUAGCGUGGGGGCUCGUGGCAGGGCCCGGUAGGAGCCGGCACCAUUGCGUCCAACAAGUGGAGUGCCAACGGCAGCCCGGAGCAGGGGCUGGAGGAUGGGGGUGAUGAGCUGGACAAGGCCAUGGACGGAGACGCCGAGGGCGUGUGGAGCCCCGACAUCGAGCAGAGCUUUCAGGAGGCACUGGCUAUAUAUCCACCCUGUGGCCGUCGCAAGAUCAUCCUGUCGGACGAGGGCAAGAUGUACGGUCGCAAUGAGCUUAUUGCCAGAUACAUCAAGCUGAGAACAGGCAAAACCCGCACAAGAAAACAGGUUUCUAGCCAUUUGCAGGUUCUUGCCCGGAGAAAAUCUCGCGAGAUACAGUCAAAGCUGAAGGCAAUGAACUUGGAUCAAGCGUCCAAAGACAAGGCUCUCCAGAACAUGGCAGCACUUUCCUCCGCUCAGAUCGUGUCCCCAAGUCUAAUCAAAACCUCUCUUCCGCCUCUUCCACAGUCCCCCUACCCCCCGUCUGCACGGUUCUGGCCGACCCCCAUCCCAGGCCAACCCGGACCCUCUGAGGAGCUGGUUCUUAAGCAAAAUCCAGGAAGAAGUCCUGGGCUUGGCCUCAUCAGCUACGCCAUCAAGCCAUUUGCACAAACUCCUUACCCAAACCUAUCAGGACCUGUUCAACCACCCUUAUCAUAUGAGCCUCUGGCCCCACCUCUCCCGCCGGUUGCCACCGCAGUGCCCGUGUGGCAGGAUCGCACCAUCGCCUCCUCCAAACUGCGUCUUCUGGAGUACUCCGCGUUCAUGGAGGUCCCGCAGGACCAGGACUCUUACAGCAAACACCUGUUUGUUCACAUUGGCCAGACCCACCCCUCCUACAGCGACCCUCUGCUGGAGGCGGUGGACAUCCGACAGAUCUACGACAAGUUCCCCGAGAAGACAGGAGGACUCAAGGAGCUGUACGAGAAGGGCCCUCAAAACGCCUUCUUCCUCGUCAAAUUUUGGGCGGAUCUGAACAACAGCGGCGUUCAGGAUGGACCGGGCUCCUUCUACGGAGUCAGCAGUCAGUACAGCAGCUUAGAGAACAUGACCAUCACCGUCUCAACCAAAGUCUGCUCUUUCGGGAAGCAAGUGGUGGAAAAAGUGGAGACAGAGUACGCUCGUGUGGAGGGAGGCAAGUGUUUGUAUCGAAUCCAUCGCUCUCCCAUGUGCGAAUAUAUGAUCAACUUCAUCCACAAGCUCAAGCACCUGCCUGAGAAAUACAUGAUGAACAGCGUAUUAGAAAACUUCACCAUCUUACAGGUGGUGACCGACAGGGAAACCCAGGAGACUCUACUGUGUAUAGCGUUUGUAUUUGAAGUGUCUACGAGUGAACACGGGGCACAAUACCACGUUUAUAGGCUCAUUAAAGACUAGCACCGCAGCCGCUAGCUGUUCUGACAACAGACUUCUGUUGCUUUGCACAGUCUCUCCGUCACACGUAUGGAGGAAUAUGCCAAAUUGUCCAAACAUCGGAGGAAUACGCCUAAAUGUUACAAAAAACAAAACAAAUGUUUUGCUUUUGUUCUAAACCUGGUACAGAAUUUGAGUCUUUGAGGACAUAAAAAAAAUAGUAUUACUCUGUAAAAAAAAAAAAAAAAAAAAAAAAAAAAAUGUAUGUUUUUUAAUGCCUUAAAUACAAAAUGGGUAAUGUUGGUUUUGUUGCAUAUACAGAUCAAAGAUGUCUUUUUAAGCUUUGUUGUGUCUCCACGGAGGGAAUGUGAAUGUGUUUCGAUGGGAAAGAAUGUCAUGAAAGACAAUGUGUGCCGUUUAUGCAGCAUUUUACAGUGAUUUAAGGGUGAAUCUCACAAAGAAAUGUCUCAUUUUACCCUAAAAUCAGAAGGAAAAAUAUAUACCAUAUUUUGAAUAAAGAAAAUGAAGGCUAUUUUUAGGACCAAUUUUGCAUGUUAUUUUCAUGA